AUGGAAUAAAGUCAACAUAAAUUUAUGAAAAACUAAUAGUAAGAUUCAGCUGAUUGGAAGAUGAAAAUUGAUCAAACAAAAAUAACUUUAAAUCAAUAUUCAUCUUAACUUGAAAUUUAAUAGGUAGAACAGUUUGAUUCACAUAAAAAAUCAAAUAAUUGGGAAGCAUUUUUAAAUUUCAUGAGUAGUAUGAUAGGAACAGGAGUGCUUGCUAUUCCAUUUGCUAUGUACUAAAGUGGAUACGUUCUUGGAACAAUUAUAAUAAUUGGUCUUGGUUACUUCUCAUUCAAAUAAAUAUCAUGUUUAUUAGAAAUAGUUGACCAUAGAUUAGAGAGAAUCAAAAUAAAAUCUAAUAAUGACUUAUUAUAAGUUUAAAAGGCAGAAAAUAUUAACUACUAAGAAUUAAUUUUUGAUAUUCUUGGAUAAAAAAGGUUAUACUGCUUACUCAGUUUUUUCUUUUGUGCUAUUUUGAUGUUUUAUGAUGCUUUUUUUAUUCUUAAAAAUCCAGCCUCAACUAUAUAUUAUGAUAAAUGGUAUUCUUUUGGAGAAUCUGGUAAUUUAAUAGGUGUCGCUACUUAUGCUUUUGAAGGAGUGGGACUUGUAUUUCAUAUUAAAAAUUCAAUGAAAAAAAGAAAUGAUUUUAACAAAAUCCUAUCUUAUACAAUGUUAAUAUGUGCUAUUACUUACAUAGUUUUUGGGGUAGUUGGAGUAUUAGCUUAUGGACCAAAGCUUAAUUAAAUUGUUUUGAUGAACAUACCAUAUGAUGGAUGGGUAUCAUUAUUCUGCAAAGUAGGCUAUGCAUUAGGAAAACUUUUAUAUUUACACUGGUCUCCUUUAAUUUUAUAAAAUAUGCUUAUUGAUCAGUAAGGCGGAUGGGAUUCUGAUCUAUCUGAUUUAUUAUGA